AUGGCGGGAAAGCCCGAAAAGUGCCGAGGAGGCAGGGAUGCCGAGGAGGAGCGCGGCUUUCCCCCCCAGCCGUAUUUACCCGCCGUGUUUUCCCUCCGAGCGCCCGUUCCCCUUCGCCCCAGCCCCUCGGGGGACGCUCCAGCCGAGCCGUUAACGCUGACCGGGUCUUUCCGCCGCAGGUUACGAGCUUCCCGGGUGCUGCUGGUGGGGAUGAAGGGUCUCGGAGCAGAAGUGGCAAAGAAUCUCAUCUUGGCAGGCGUCAAAGGCUUGACCAUGCUGGACCAUCAGCAGGCUUUGAGAAUUAGCCCAUGUGACGGGAGGGGAAAAUUGAUAAUUACCCCAAGCGUUGCGCCCCGCUGUGAACGAAACGGCAAAUCUACCCGGAACCUUCCCGGCUGCCCCAGGACGGCAGGGAAGAUCUCACACCCCGCUAAUAACCCCGUGAGGAGGAAAAACGAGGGUAAACGUUCAAUUUUUAUGCCGAGAACAACCCCUCUCUGCCUGCAGGUCUGCCUGACCUGCUGCUCCCGGGACGUUAUGGUGAAGAUCGACCAGAUUUGCCACAAGAACAGCGUCAAGUUCUUCACCGGCGACGUUUUCGGCUACCACGGCUAUAUGUUUGCCGACCUCGGGGAACACGAAUUCGUGGAGGAGAAAACCAAGGUCGCUAAAGUCAGCCCCGGCGUAGAAGACGGGCCGGACACCAAAAAAGCCAAACUCGACUCAUCGGAGACCACCAUGGUGAAAAAGCGAGUGGUUUUCUGCCCGCUGAAGGAAGCCCUGGCCGUCGACUGGAGCGGGGAGAAGGCGAAGGCGGCGCUGAAACGCACCGCCCCGGAUUAUUUCCUUCUGCAAGUGUUGUUGAAGUUCCGGACGGAUAACGGCCGGGAUCCUUCACCCCAAAACUACGCCGAAGACUCGAAGCUGCUGCUCCAAAUCCGCCGCGACGUCCUGGAGGCGCUGGGAGUCGGCGCCGACCUGCUGCCGGAUGAAUUCGUCAGCUAUUGCUUCUCCGAAAUGGCUCCCGUCUGCGCCGUGGUCGGAGGCGUCCUGGGCCAGGAGGUGGUCAAGGUAGCGGCUGGUUUUUAUUUUUUGGGGGGCGAAUUGUGCCGGCGCUGUGGGUACCGGGGCUGUAGGUGCCGGGGCCAUAGGUACCGGCGCCAUAGGUACCGGCGCCAUAGGUACAGUUAUAGGUACCGGCGCCGUAGGUACCGGCGCCAUAGGUACCGGCGCCAUAGGUACAGUUAUAGGUACCGGCGCCGUAGGUACCGGCGCCAUAGGUACCGGCGCCAUAGGUACCGGGGCCGUAGGUACCGGGGCUGUAGGUACAGCUAUAGGUACUGGGGCUAUAGGUACGGCCAUAGGUGCCGGUGCCAUAGGUACCGGGGCUAUAGGUACUGGGGCUAUAGGUAUGGCUAUAGGUAUGGCUAUAGGUACAGGGGCUAUAGGUACAGGGGCUAUAGUUACAGCUAUAAGUACGGCUAUAGGUAUGGGUAUAUGUACAGGGGGUAUAGGUACAGCUAUAGGUACAGGGGCUAUAGGUACAGGGGCUAUAGGUAUGUCUAUAGGUACAGGGGCUAA